CAAGAAAUUAAAAACCCAAUCUUUAAAAGAAUGACAGGCGGCGGCAGAGGAAACGAGUUCCAAGAUAUGCUGCCGCUGAUGGCGGACAAGCUCGGCGGAGAGGGGCUGAUAAGGGAGCUGUGCAACGGAUUCCGGCUGCUGAUGGACGGCGAGAAAGGGGUGAUAACCUUCGACAGCCUGAAGAGGAACGCCGCGGUUUUGGGGCUUCAAGAAUUGAGGGACGAUGAGCUUCAGAGCAUGGUGAGGGAAGGGGAUAUGGACGGCGACGGCGCGCUGGAUGAGAUGGAAUUCUGCGUUCUGAUGUUCAGAUUGAGCCCGGAGUUGAUGCAGGAAUCCGAAGCUCUGCUUCACACAGCUCUGGAACAGGAAGAAGGUGAAGGGGUUGCUUCUUCUUGGUUUGGUUGCAAUUGACUUAUAAUGUGAAAUCGAUGAGAUUGAUUGAUUGAAUGACUGUAAUGUAUUAUACUCCCCUUUUCUUUUCUGCUGAAACGACAAAACGAAGGAGAUGGAAGAAGAAGUUGGGGUAUUAUGUUCUCUUUCAAGAAUGAAUGAAAGCCGACAUUUUUUCUCCACAAUUUUUAGCUAUGAUUUACUCCGUAUCAUCCUAUAGCGUUCAUAUAUUAAGCUAUACGGAGUAACAGAUUACAGAGUACGAGUAUAUUUUAUCCAUGUAUAUUUUAACCUCACAUAAUAAUCAUAUCAAAUCCAACUAAAUCGAACUCAAAUGAGACAUACGCAAUUUGGUUUGAGUUUAG